AUGAAGAAAUCAUUUUAUUGUCUAUGGAUUUUUAUUACUAUACAAGAGUUUCUUCAAUAUGGUCAAACACAAUCUAUCAAUGAUGAUUCAUUAGAUCCAUUGAGUAUGGAUCAAGCUUAUCUAACAAUUAGCAAUAAAAAUUAUUCAGAUUCGAUUAUAUUUAUGUAUAAUUUAGUAAUAUGUGAAAAAUGUAAUUUUGAAUUAUUAGGUGAUGUUCUUCCAUCUAAUUCAAAUCAAACAGUUAUAAUCAAUACAAGAUAUGCCUAUGAUUUUCAACUUUUUACAGAAACUACUAAUAAAACAUUACAAUGUUCGAUAAAAUCACAUCAAUUUCUAGAACAUGGAUCAUAUUUAUUUGAAAUUAUCGAUAUUGAACAAAAUCAAGAUUUUUGUUCAAUAAAACAAAUAAAAGAAUCAAGUUAUUAUUGGUUGCCUAUUAUUAUUGGAAUGUCAAUUUUUUUAAUAUUUAUUUUAUUAAUUCAAUUAUGGCAUCCUAUAUCACGUAGUCAACGUUUUACUCGUUUUCUUCCUAAUGCUAUUCAACAAGGAUUAAUCAAUAAUGAUUUGAUUGUUUCAUUACCAAAUAAUCCAACAACAAUUCAUAAUGAUCCUAAUGAUGAUAUUAUUCGUACACUUACAACUGGUAGUGAAUUACCAUUAGUUGGAUCAACACGAUUAUCAAAUAAUACGAUACGAAUAACAAAAGUUUUACCAAAACGACUUCGUUCGUUGGAUACUUUUCGAGGAUUUUCAUUAAUGGUAAUGAUAUUUGUUAAUUAUGGAGGUGGUGGCUAUUGGUUUUUUAAACAUUCGAUAUGGAAUGGUUUAACUGUUGCUGAUUUGGUUUUUCCAUGGUUUACUUGGAUAAUGGGUUUGAUAUUACAAGGUGGUUAUUCACAAUGGGUGUAUAUUCGAAUCUUUGGUGUUCUUCAACGUUUAGCAUUGUGUUAUUUUUUUGCUGCUAUACUUGUUUUAAUUUUUGAUGACACAGAAGAUGAACCAUAUUCAUCACAAUGGCCAUUAGGUAAUGAUGUUCGUCAACGAAUACGAAUAGAACUAUCAAAUACUUUAUUUCAUUUUUGGCCACAAUGGCUUAUUAUAUUAUUAAUAACUCUUCUUUGGCUAUUGAUUACAUUUAUUCCAAAAUUCGAUAAUUGUCCAAGAGGUUAUUUAGGUCCCGGUGGAAAACAUGAAUAUGGAAAAUAUCAAAAUUGUACCGGAGUUGCUGGAUACGUUGAUCGAUUAAUUCUUCGACCUUCUCAUAUGGAUAAUAGUCCGACAUGUCUUUUGGGUACUUUAACUGGAACUUUACUUUGUUAUCUUGGUGUCCAAGCUGGUCAUAGUUUUGCUCAUUCAACACGUACUCGUCGUGUUUGUGCUCAUUGGCUUAUAUCUGGUCUUAUUUGUGGAUCUAUUGGUUUACUUUUAUCUAAAGGUGGCCAUACAGAUAGUUGGAUACCAAUUAAUAAAAAUCUUUGGUCACUUAGUUUUAUACUUGUAUUAGCUGGUUUAGCAUUUGUCAUUUUAACAAUAUUUUAUUUACUUAUUGAUGUUAAUAAAUGUUUUACUGGUGAACCUUUUUUAUGGUUAGGUAUGAAUUCUAUUGUUAUCUAUGUUGGUCAUGAAAUUUGUUCAAAAAGUUUUCCCAUACAAUUUCAAGUUGAAGAAACAACACAUGCACAAUUACUUGCUAUGCAUCUUUAUGGAGUUUUCUUUUGGACUAUAGUUGCUGGUUUUAUGUAUCGUAAAAAGAUUUUUAUUGCGAUUUAA